UACUGCUCAAUUGUAAUGCAGUUGUCUACUUCAAGUAAUUGGAAACAACCGGCUAGACGCGUCUCCCCUCCUCUUGGACGUAGGCCGCGUUUCUUUCCAUUUGACAGUCAACCCAUAUUGUUUCUCUCAUUUAUAUUUGUAAUACAUCAGCACCUGCCAUGUCGUCCCGCCAUCAAGACUGGGACCCGCGUUGCAAGGUUUACGUUGGCAACUUAGGCUCCAAUGCGGCCAGAGGUGAGAUAGAAGAAGCCUUCAGCAAAUAUGGGACAUUAAGGAAUGUCUGGGUUGCAAGAAAUCCUCCUGGCUUUGCCUUCGUAGAAUUUGAGGACCCAAGAGACGCAGAGGAUGCAGUUCGUGCUUUGGAUGGAGUACGUUUGUGUGGUGCCAGAGUGAAGGUGGAAAUGUCUACAGGCAAGAGAAGAAGUAAUGGAUUUGGUGGGGACCGUGGUGGACGUGGUGGAGAUCGUAGAGGAGGUGGUGGACCUCCUGCAAGAAGAGGUGGCGGAUAUUCACCCAGACGGUCACGUUCACGUAGCCGUGAUCGUUUCCGUGACAGGAAAGCCUCUCGAUCAGUAUCCCGCGACCGUGUUCGCAGGGAUUCCCGUAGUCGUUCACGUUCCCCCAGCUACAGCAAGUAUGCAGAUUAAUUGAUUCCGGUCUAUCAUACACACACACACUUACCCGUUGUGCAGAUAAAUUUCAAAGAAGCUCCUCCACUUUUCUCGUUUUCUCCUUGUCGCUGUGAAACCGUCAUCCACCUCCUCCCCUACUAUAAUUCCCCCUCCUAUUUGGCAUUCAUUUUUUUUUUGUGUGUGACCAGGAGUGGCGUCAGCUGUAAUCUGGGCUUUUCAUAAUUUUUUAAAAAUUGCAAAACAAACGGACUUGUAUCACAUGGGCGCAUUUUGUUGUGUGAAAGAGUUGCGGGCUUUAAAAAACGUGCUCAUUCCACAAGCGCAAUACACACUUGAGGAUUUUUCCCUUCUA